CUCAAUCGAUAACCAUACCCAAAUUCCUCUUCGUACACUGCUCGACAACAAUGUCAAAGAACCUCAGCGAUGUGCUCGUGGCGGCGGCCUGGAUAGGGGACGUCCACACUCUGGAGAAACUGAUCAGCGAAGGCGCUCGGGUCGAUGGAAAGAAUAGCCGUGUCACUCCUCUGAUAGCCGCGGUCAUAGCGGGUCAUGACAAAGCUGUCGGUUUGUUGCUGGAAAAGGGAGCUAACAUCGAAGAACGCGACGAGGAAAGUCGUACCAUUAUCAAGCUAGCCCUUGACAAUGGCCACGAAGCGCUUGCCCAAAAACUCGUCGACCACUGUCCCGGCCUUAUUGUUACCGACCCCCGCCUACGCAAGGGAGAGGAAUGGUUGCGUAAGCAAUUCAAGUCGAUGUCGGACAAUGUCAAAGACACCGCCAGCAAGCCUGAUCCGUCCUUGCUGGAGAGGGUCAUCACGGGAGUUCAGAAAGGAGAUCUGGGGCCAACCGACAAUCGGAGUGUAUCGGAUGUGUACUGGGAGCACAUUCUUCUGCGCUAUAUUGGGGACAUCCCCUUGGACAUCGAGCGGAACUACUCGGAGGAUCUGACGCUGUCCCUCGUCGGGACGUUCGAACGAAUUCUUAAAGGUCACGAGGGCAUCAAGGAGUCUGCCAGGCUGUUAAACAGCGAACUGCCUACAACCGAGUAUACCAUCCUUGAUACAGUGGUGCGACAAACAGGCAGCUGGGUGACGGAGCGUUGGGCCUAUCAUGAUUCCAAGCACGGCCUCCGGGUCACUGAUGGCAUUGACACGUUCUUGAUCGAGAAUGGGAAGAUCACUGUCAAGAUGAUAAACUAUACCGUCGAGAAACGUGCGGACGCUCGCGAGGAGUUUAAGAAGGUUAGACGCGGGAAUUGACAGUGGAUACGAAUGUGCAAUUCAAGGAUUUAGCAUUCAAUAUGUAGC